AUGGCCUCCCGAGCGCUCCUCCCCGGCAUCCUCCUCCUGCUUCUGCCCGCACCCGCCCCUGCCCCCUGCUACACGGCCGCACGCUCUGAGUGCCGGCGCAACCUCAAGUUCGUGCCCGGCUCCUGGCUGGCAGGGGAGGGCAUGGAUGUGACCAGCCUCCGGCGCUCAGGCUCCUUCCCGGUGGACACACAGCACUUCCUGCGGCCCGACGGCACCUGCACCCUCUGCCGCAACGCCCUGCAGCAGGGCGCCCUCCAGCGCCUGCCCCUGGCGCUCACCGACUGGCGCGCCCAGGGCUCAGGCUGCAACCGCAAAGUGGUCAAGGGUGAGGGUCGCUCCACCGAGGAGGUGGCUGGGGCGGCGGCCAACAGCAUCCGUAACGACUGGCAGGUGGGGCUGGACGUGACUCCCAAGCCCAGCAGCAACGUGCGCGUGACCGUGGCGGGCUCGCACUCCCGGGAAGCCAACUUCGCGGCCCAGAAGACUCACCAGGACCAGUACCGCUUCAGCCUGGACUCAGUGGAGUGUCGCUUCUACAGUUUCCACCUGGUGCACACUCCCCCACUGCACCCUGAGUUCAAGAGGGCCCUCAAGACCCUGCCCCCCCACUUCAACAUCUCCACCGAGCCUGACUACCGGAGGCUCAUCUCCAGCUAUGGCACCCACUUCAUCCGGUCCAUGGAGCUGGGCGGCCGCGUCUCGUCCCUCACCGCCCUGCGCACCUGCGAGCUGGCCCUGGAAGGGCUCACGGCUCAGGAGGUUGAGGACUGCCUGGCCGUCGAGGCCGAGGUCAGCAUAAGAAGCCACGCCAGUGCCUCGUCGGCAUUCAAGGCGUGUGAGGAGAAGAAGAAACAGCACAAGGUGGGGACCUCCUUCCACCAGGCCCACCGGGAACGCUGUUCUGAGGUCGUUGGCGGCCACCACACGUCCAUGCAUGACCUGCUGUUCGGGAACCAGGCCGGGCCCGAGCAGUUCUCGGCCUGGGUGGCCUCGUUGCAGGACAGCCCCGGCCUGGUGGACUACACGCUAGAGCCGCUCCACAUGCUCCUGGACAGCCCGGACCCGCGGCGGGAGGCGCUCAGGCAGGCUGUAAGCAAGUACGUGACGGACAGGGCACGCUGGAGGGACUGCAGCCGCCCAUGCCCCCCGGGGCAGCGCAAGAACCCUAAGGACCCGUGCCAGUGCCUGUGCCAUGGCUCGGCGGCCACCAACCAGGACUGCUGUCCCAGGAAGAGGGGCCUGGCCCACCUGGAGGUCAUGAACUUCGUGGCGACGGGUCUGUGGGGAGACUGGACCACUGCCACGGAUGCCUACCUGAAGGUAUUCUUCGGCGGCCAGGAGCUGAGGACCGACACGGUGCAGAACAAUAACCACCCCAGGUGGAUGACACGGCUGGACUUCGGGGAUGUGGUCCUGACCACAGGGGGCCCCCUGAGGGUGCAGGUCUGGGAUGCAGACUAUGGCUGGGACGAUGACCUUCUCGGUACCUGUGACAAGACUCCAAAGUCUGGCUCACACGAGGUGAAGUGCCACCUGAAGCAUGGUCACCUGAGAUUCUCCUACCACGCUAAGUGCCUGCCUCACCUGGCGGGGGGGACAUGCCUGGAGUACGCCCCCCAAGGGCUUCUGGGGGAGCCUCCAGGAAACCGGAGUGGGCCAGUGUGGUGA